AUGGAAAACAUUCAUGAGGAAGAAUUAGUUGUUGAAGUUCCACAUGAAGAAGAGGAGGUAGACACAAGGCAUGAGGAAGGAGAAGUAAGCCUUAAAGAACCUAAGAGGAAGGCUAUAAUAGAUGAGUCUAUUCAUAUCCCAUUCCUUUCCAUGGUAAAGAAGGCCAAGAAUACUCUAGAAUUUGAUUUAAACAUGCUUCAAGUAUUCAAGAAGGUUGAGGUUGCAAAUACUUAUCACCCUCAAACCAACGAACAAGCGGAUGUGUCCAAUCGGGAGAUUAAGCAAAUUUUGGAGAAAGUGGUGAACCCACAAAGGAAGGACUGGAGCUCUCGGUUGGGAGAUGCACUAUGGGCAUAUAGGACAGCCUAUAAGACCCCGUUAGGGAUGAGUCCCUUCCGGAUCGUCUAUGGCAAGGCAUGCCACCUCCCGGUGGAAAUUGAGCAUAGGGCCUAUUGGGUGGUUAAGCAGUAUAACAUGGAUUUCACCAAGGCGGGUAUAGCCAGAAAAUUGCUAGUGGAAGAGCCUGAGUGUCUUAGGAACGAGGCGUAUGAGAAUGCUCGAAUCUACAAGAAAAAGACUAAGGCGUUUCAUGAUCACCAUAUCCUGAAGAAGGAUUUUCAAGAAAGUGACGAGGUUCUCCUCUAUAACUCGAGGCUCAGAUUCAUGCCUGGGAAGUUCCGUUCAAGAUGGGAAGGACCCUUCAAGGUGAAGGAGGUAAAGUCCUAUGGAAUGGUGAAAUUGUUUGACCCCCGAAGUGAUACAACUUUCAAGGAGAAUGGACAUAGAGUGAAGAAGUACCAUGGCUACAAACCAUCAAAGGAGUUAGAGGUGUUCCUGCUUACUGAUGCACCAAGAGGAAGUGAAGCUUAA